CAUGACGUUGCAGCUCAUUGUUCACUGUCUGUCUCAUCUGGCUCCACUUUAAACACGGGCUGUGGAAAAACACGAACAGAACAGAACCGAUCGCAACAAUGAGGUUCUGGCUCGUGUUGUGUUGUCUCGCAGCUGGAUCGUCGUCGUUUUACGUGGCAGAACAAGACGAGUUUCACUUCAAGUCAUGGAUGGCACAGCACAACAAGGCGUACAACAUGAAGGAGUACUACCUCAGACUCCAGGUAUUCUCACAAAAUAAGAAGAGAAUUGACAAGCACAACCAAGGGAAUCAUUCCUUUACAAUGGCUCUGAACCAGUUUUCUGACAUGACAUUCAGUGAGUUUAAGGAAGCUUUCCUCUGGUCUGAGCCUCAGAACUGCUCUGCCACAAAGGGAAACUACUACGGCAGUAAUGGACCGCUUCCAGACUCCAUAGACUGGAGGAAGAAAGGGAAUUACAUAACACCAGUGAAGAAUCAGGGACGUUGUGGGAGCUGCUGGACUUUUUCCACAACAGGCUGUUUGGAAUCUGUUACUGCCAUCAACAAAGGGAAGCUUGUGCCACUGUCAGAACAACAGCUGGUGGACUGUGCGCAGGAUUUCAACAACCACGGCUGCAACGGAGGUCUUCCCAGUCAAGCGUUUGAGUACGUCAUGUACAACAAGGGACUAAUGACAGAACAGGACUACCCUUAUAAAGCUGUGGAUGGUGCUUGCAAGUAUAAACCAUCGCUGGCUGCUGCUUUUGUGAAGAAUGUGAUGAACAUAUCAGCGUAUGAUGAGAUGGGAAUGGUCGAUGCUGUCGCCACGCACAAUCCGGUCAGCUUAGCCUUUGAGGUGACCUCAGACUUCAUGCAAUACAGCCAGGGUGUAUAUACCAGUACUGCUUGUCACAACACCACAGACAAGGUAAACCAUGCUGUGUUAGCUGUUGGCUAUGGGGAAGAGAAUGGCACCCCUUACUGGAUAGUGAAGAACUCAUGGGGACCCAACUGGGGCAUGGAUGGAUAUUUCCUUAUCGAGCGUGGAAGAAACAUGUGUGGACUUGCCGCUUGCUCAGCUUUUCCUGUAGUUUAAUUUAAAAAAAAAAAAAUCAAAAUCAGUUUUGAAAAUGAUAUUUUUUUAAUGCACAAUUUCUACAACGUGUGUUUCAAUCAUUAAGAUUUUCUCAAAAGAGUACGUUUGGAUUUUUACUGAUAUUUUUUCUACGGUUAUAUGAUAUGAUAGAUUUGGUCAUAUCAGAUUUACUUUGAAGUUAUAGCCAAGAUGACUGUUUUCUGUGAAUUUUUCGGGAUCAAAUGCACUUUGGUUUUGUUUCAGCUGUUUCCUUUUACAAGGUUUGYCACAGUGAGUGUGCUCGCAUGAAAGAUUUAGUAAUUGUUUUACACUGGAUGGCCUUCGUGACGCAACCUGGGCUCAAACUCCCAGCCUCCAGAAUAUUAGACCACAGCACAGACCACAAAGUUGCUCCAGCCCACUUGUGAACAAAUGCACUAAUAAAACAUCAACAACAAAAA